AUGUGGCCCAAGGUGUGCCCCCUGUGGCAGGUCCCCUGUGACACUUGCAGCCACCUCUGCAGCAAAUACCACGUGGCUCAGAGAUGUGCCCGAGGGACCCCACCCAGCCUGACCCCCUCAUCCCUGGGGCUGGCCCCCCGGGCCCUGAGGGCUCGUUCUGCAGCCUCCCAAAACACCUGGGUGCCCCCCAAGGAGAGCCCCAGCCAGCCUGGGGGACCCUCAGCCUCGGUGUUCUCAUCUCAGGCCAGAAGGAAGACCAAGAAGAAGGAAGCAGGGGCCCUUCGGGCAUCUUUCAACGUCUUUUCCAACUUGGAGCAGACCCAGAUCCAGGAGUUCAAGGAGGCAUUCACACUAAUGGAUCAGAACCAAGAUGGCUUCAUCAACAAGGAGGAUGUGAAGGACACCUACGCCUCCCUGGGCAAAAUCAACAUCAAGGACGGUGAGCUGGAUGUCAUGCUCAAGGAGGCCUUGGGGCACAACUUCACCACGUUCCUGAACACGUUUGGGGAGAAGCUGAGUGGUACGGACACCGAGGAGACCAUCCUAAACGCCUUCAAGAUGCUGGACCCCAACGGCAAGGGCAACGUCAACAAGGACUACAUCAAGCGGCUGCUGAUGUCACAGGCCGACAAGAUGACCUCUCGGCAGGUCAACCAGAUGUUCCAGUUUGCGACCGUGGAUGCUAUGGGCAGCCUGGACUACAAGGCGCUGAGCUACGUGAUCACCCACGGGGAGGAGAAGGAGUGA